GUGAAAAGUUCUUCCAAUUGGGUGAAGUCAGAAAAAGGUAAGAGUAAAAGGGAGUAUUUGCUGGCAGGCCCUUCAGUGAUUUACUCUUUUCAGUCCUCGUCCCCAAUUCAAUCCUACUCAACUCUACUCUGACUCUAGGGGCCUAGGGUUUGUUUAUAAUAAUUAAAAAAAAUAAAGAGAAUAGUGAUCUCAUAACCGCCUUUUCGCCUUUCUUUCUUCUCUUAGCUCCGUUUUCUCAAUCCUUGAUUUCUGGCGGCCGUAUGGAAGGAGAGAUCCCGGAGAAGACGGAUCGUCGCCGUCAAGACGGAGACGGGGAGAACAAUUACGGAAAGCUGAGGAUCGGCGGUCAGAGGCCGUCAACGCCGCCGUCCGCGGCGGCGGAGAAGAAGGAGCACGUGUGCGCGGACUGCGGCAAGGUGUUCAGCUCCGGGAAGGCGCUCGGAGGUCACAUGAGCAGCGCGCACGUCCAGGCGGGCCGGGACUACUCGUACAAGAAGAAGAAGAAGACGCCGCUCCGCCGCGGCGGCGGAGGCGGCAGCGCGGCGGCGUUUUCCGACGAAGACGAGGAGGCGGCCGAGGAUGAGGAGGACUUAGCUCUCCGCGAGUACUACCGCGGAAUAGACGGGAAAAUCCGUUGCAAUCUUUGCGGAAAGCGAUUCCCUUCGAGGAAGUCCUUGUUCGGCCACAUGAGAUGCCAUCCGGAGAGGGGGUACAGGGGUAUGGAACCGCCAAUCGACGAAGCCGAAGACAGCGGCGAAGAAGACCGCCGCCGCCGCCAUCUGCCCCACCAACCUGGCGGCGGCGCGGGGGUCGAACUGGAGAGGCUGCUGUGGGGCUGGUCGGUGAAGGGGACGAGAGGGCGGCCGCCGAUUCAGACGGCCUUCUCCUCAUCCUCUUCCUUUUCCCGAGACGAAGUCAAACUCCACCGGGCGGUCAACAACCUGGUAAGUCUUGUCAAGGCCGAUUCUCCAUCUCCCAGAAACCCUAAUAAGCUCCAAUUUGUGGAUGAGAAAAGAAAUUGUCUUGCUCUUGAUGCUGGUAAUUUCAAUAAUGGUUCUGCAAACAAGGGGAAGGGGAAGGUGGUCUGGGAACCCAGGUAUAGAUCCGGGGAGAAAUCGAGCUCCGAAGAGGACGAUGACGUGGCAGGUUCGAUGAGCUCGGAAGACGAAGACGACGACGAAGAAGAAUUGGGGAUGGCAUUGGUCAAUUUGAAGAAUGGGUCUUCCUUGGGGUCUAACAACAACAGCAUUAACAACAAGAGGAAGAGAACAAGUGAGGAUUUUGGAGGCAUUGGUUGGAAGUAUAAUAGCAGCAGUAAUAAUUGUGGAGGGGAAGAAGAGAAUAACAAUAACAACAAGUUCAAAUGCAGCACUUGUAGCAAGUGCUUCACCAGCCACCAGGCCUUGGGAGGCCACAGGUCAAGCCACAACAAGUUCAAAGUCAUCAUCCAAAACGCCAUUGAUGUCGUUGCGGAGGAGGAAGAAGACAAUAAUGGCGAAGAAGAAGAAGACUGCGCGAUUGGCUACCAAUGCGGGGUUUGCAACAAGACGUUCGCGACGCAGAGGGCAUUGGGCGGUCACAGGAAAUGCCAUUCCACCCCCGCCUCUAGCCUGCAACAACAACACCACCAUCCGCAGCAGCAGCUCAUCAUGGCCUCAGCUGCUGUUGCCGUUGUUGGUGCUGUUGCUGCUACUACUACUACCACCACCUCUUCAUCUUCCCCUCCUCGGCUUGUCGAAAAUCGCAAGAUUAUUCUCGAUUUCGAUCUCAACGAGAUUCCAGAUGACGACAUGGACGACGCUCAAAUCGAGUGAUGAUGAUGAUUGAAUCCAUCCAUUUCUUCUUCUUCUUCUGAUACAUCUUCAUCAUGCAGCAGCAGCCAGCAGGAGGAGGAGGAGCUCCCUUACAUCAUGAGCCCUAUGCGACUGAAAGGCCAGCCAGAUAAAAUUUUUGAAAUGAUACAAUAACUUUGAUAAAAAAUCACUACUCUAUGAAGAUGACAAGCCAUGAAAUUGCAACCCAAAAACCACAUUCGUGUUUGCUACCACAUCAGAAUCGCUACGUCUACAAAUUUUCUUCCUAGUUUGACCAUGCACCCAUUUUGACUUUACAUAAUAUGCUCCCGGCACGUUAGUUGAGUGCCACCAUUGCAUCAUUCCAAGCUCCACAUCACUCGUAGCAGCAAUCCUCUCAUCAAUCAACGACGUCAAGCAUUUGCAUCCCGAGACCAACAAAUCCAGGCACGUACAUCAUUUCACUCUCAAAAUAUCAACUCAAUUUGAUUGGAUCCGGUGGGGGAAGAUGGUGAGAAAUGAGGAAGGAAAUGUGGGGGGGAAGAAUAAAAUGGUUGAAAGGAAGAAAGAGUAAGAAGGGUUUGGAAGAUGAUGAAAGCCAUACAAUGGACAAGUGAGUAUGAGGGUGCAGGGGAAUGACAAUAAAAAUGAUAAUUUAAUGUUCUUUUGCCAAAAAAUAAAUCAGGAAAAAAUUUAUUUAUCGACACAGAAAGGAAGUGUGGAGAUCAAGGACAUUGAGAGAAUUGUGUGGUUGGAGUUUACUCAACAAGAAAUUUUGGACAAUCUAGUGUGCGACAGAAUGUCAUACACAAACCUAUAUCAUUAAGUAAAAAAUAAGAAAUUUUAGACAAUCUAGUGAGCUUCAUUGCAGACAAUUGAAAAAAUAGCGAAGUUCUUUUUUUUUUUGAAAAAAAUACCAAUGUGAAUAUAGGAAUUUGAUUUAAUAUUGAUAAUAGGAAUCAAUAUUUUAAAAAAAAUAAAAUAAAAAUUGUAAAGAAGUUUAAAGUUAGACCUUAGUUAUAAAAAUAUGGAACGUGCAUAAUUGUCAAAAAUUUGAUUCUUUCAUUUUUUUGGGUGCACAGCCACUUCCAAGUAAUGCUUUGGGAAAUGCUAUGUAAAAAAGAUUUGCCAGAAAACUUAAUCUAGAAAACUAAUUUGCAUCAUAUUUUAUGUUUUUAAUUAAAAAACAUGAUAAACAAGUUUGCACAGUUGAUCAAACCAUAAAACAGAAUGAAUAGUACAAUCUUGAUCAAACCACAGAACAGGUUAAAUAGUACAAGCAAAGUAGAUCAAACCAGAAAACAGAAUGAAUAGUACAACCAAUGUUGAUCAAACCACAAAACAGACUGAAUGGUAUGACCAUGUUUGAUAAUUAUUAUUUUUUUGAAGUUUGUGAAAUAAGACAGUUGGUUUGACAAAGAGAGUAUAGAUUAGAGUGCGUUCUACUUUUCUUAAAAGGGCAAAAGUCAAUUUCCCUAAAACUAUAGAAGUGGUAGACAAGUGAGGUGCGGGUAUAAAAGUUUUUUGGGAAA